CGGUCUGCUCUGCCUUCUGCUGCCGAGCUACGGAUGCCCGUCAAUAUAUGAACCACAACACAGAGAGCAGCACCGUGGCCACCCUUCACCAUGAGAACUGUACAAAAGUAGAACCCUCGAGUAAGUUCUACUCUGAUACGAUUUCAAGGCCAGAUAAGUGCCACCAUACGUUAGUGUAGCAAAAAAAAAAAAAAAAGUAGUUUGACAGGCUGACGUCAUUGUUAGCUAGCUCCUUUGCUGGCUACAAGUGCUACUUGCUAACCGCUAGGAUAAAGUCAGCGACAGAUUGUUAGAGCCGCUAGCCUUUUGAUGUUUCUCAUUCAAUUAAUGUGGACAGCUGGCUAACACCGCUAGCUAGCAUCACUACUUUAGCAUGAUAUGUCAGCCUGUAACUAGGUAGUAACGUCAACGUCAGUGAGCAUAAACUAAGUGAGGCGCUCUGAUUUGGACAUGGCCUGACUGAAGCAAUAUGACUUUACGGUUUAAUUAGCCGUUUAUAAGAAAGUAUGCCUAGCUAGCAAUGCGUACCAUAUUUUUACAGUAUAGUGUUAGCUUGCCGGCAUCGGAUUACUGCACUGUGGUACAACUGUGCCCUGCCCAGCAACGUCAGUCAAACCAUAGCGCAUAAUGAGUGAUCAUUAUGUUCAAGUGAAGGUUCAACUCGAGCAAAUGAAAUCACUCGUCCAGGAUGCAGAAAAAGAGGGUGUGGAUACUGAGGAGCAGGUGCCAGUGUCCUCUCCUCCUGCUUCUGUGUCACCAGAUCCUCCCAGCAUCACCAUAGCAGGGACAGAUGCAGCCAACACCUCCACCAGUUGCAAGAAUAGAGGCAAAUCUCGUGGUAAGCCGGCGAAAGAAGACAAAAACUCAUGUGGUAAACAUAUUUCUGUGACAUUGCAUAGCCCCGUAGUUAUGAAAAACCUGAAUAGGCUAGGACAUGAACGGACGCUUCACAUUAAAGGGACUGGGAAGAUCCUGCAGGGCAAAUCGGAGCCUAAUGGGAACUAUGUGACCAUCCAUCAGUCCAAGAACAUUCAAGAUGCACGGCGUGAGGACGGAUUUAAACUUGCAAGGAAGAAGAAGCCAGUGACGGUGGAUACCUCAAAAGCCAAAACCUCUUUGGAGGCUCUGAAGUUAAGCAUUAAGCAGCUGAAGUGGAAAGAGUUUCCUCUGGGGAGACGGGCGGCCUGUGAUAUCUACUGGCACGGCGUAUCCUUCCAUGACAACGAAAAUAUCGUCUCAGGGCAGGUGAACAAGUUUCCAGGGAUGAUCGAAAUGCUGAGGAAGAUCAACCUGAGCCGUGCAGUGCGGACUAUGCAGGACCUGUUCCCAGAAGAGUACGACUUCUAUCCCCGUUCAUGGAUUCUGCCUGAGGAGUACCAGCAGUUUGUCACACAGAUUCGCUUGGUGAAGGAGAACGAUGCCACAGUGAAUCCCACCUUCAUUGUCAAGCCGGACGGGGGUUCUCAAGGGGACGGCAUCUACCUCAUCCGUGACCCCAGUGACCUAAAGCUCAUGGCAGGUUCACAGGCCAAACAAGCCGUAGUCCAGGAGUACAUUCAGAAGCCAUUACUCAUAGACAAGCUCAAGUUUGACAUCCGCCUCUAUGUGCUCAUCAAGUGUCUGGAGCCAUUGGAGAUCUACAUUGCCAAGGAAGGCCUGACGCGUUUUUGCACCGAGCCCUACCAGGAGCCAAGCCAGAAAAAUCUGAGCCACGUCUUCAUGCACCUGACUAACUAUUCACUCAAUGUCCACAGUGGCAACUUCGUCCACUCAGACAGCCAGAGCACGGGCAGUAAACGCACCCUGUCCAGUGUGCUGUACAGGCUGGCCGCUAAAGGCGUGGACAUUAAGAAGGUGUGGUCGGACAUCAUCGCUCUCGUUAUCAAGACUGUCAUCGCCGUGGUGCCUGAACUCAAGGUCUACUAUCAGGCUGAUAUACCUCCUGGCAAACCUGGACCCACGUGCUUCCAGAUAUUAGGCUUUGACAUCCUGCUGAUGAAGAACUUGAAACCAGUUUUGUUAGAGGUCAACUCCAACCCCAGCAUGAGGAUAGAACAUGAACAGGAGGUCGCGCCAGGUGUUUUUGAGUAUGUCCCCAGUCCAGUGGAUGAAGAGGUCAAAGUGGGUGUGAUCAGGGACACCCUCCGCCUUAUGGACCCCGGCCACAAGAAACCGACAAUCUCACUACCUAAGACCGGGUGUGAACAGAGGGAGGAGAUUCCCAUGGAGGCGGAGUCCCAGGACCGUAACCCCGACGAAGGAGGCGGAUCCCUGCCCUCGCUGUGUCUGAAGCAGGUUUACCCCAAAUACACCAAACAGUUCAACUACCUGCGGCUGGUGGAGCGAAUCGCAGCCCUGUUCAUACGCUUCCUCGGGGUCAAGGGCAACAUGCGUCUGGGCCCCACCGCCUUCAGAACCUUCAUCAGAACCUGUAAACUGAGCAACAGUAACUUCACCAUGGCUUCGGUGGACAUCCUCUACAUAGAUAUCACACGACGCUGGUCAGGAGUGAUGCCCGACUCCAGAGAAGCAGGCAUGGGUCUGCAGGCGUUCGUGGAGGCCUUCUUCUACCUGGCAGCUCGCCGAUUCAAAUCCCUGUCUCUGAAGGAGCAGGUCGCCGCCCUGCUGGAGCUGUGCGAGGCUGCGCUGGCGUCUCAGUUGGGCGUCGCUGAGGACCGGCGCUCCGUGAGCUGCAGCAGGGCCCAGCAGCGAGGCGCCAGGACUCAGCCGCUGGGCCCGACCAACCCGCAGCUCACCUCGCCAGCUCCUUUACGGCGGGCGGCGAGCCAGGACUACCGUCUGCAUCAAAGACUGAAACCUCGCACUCUCAGGGCCAACGUGGAGAACUGAGCGAGAGCGGACCCGGGCUCUCCACACUGCCUUUAGCUUCUCCACAGGAGUAGGGGAAUUAGACACCCCGCCUCUCCGCAGACGCCUCAACACAGAGGGAUGAUGGGAACUGUGAGAAGGACUCGCCGGGCCCCCGCUGCUUGACUCACAGGAGGACUGUUUCAGCCUGAUUGCUUUCUGUCCUGAGGAGGAAGACGUGUCCGCGGGGGGUUGGAUAGGAGGAGGAGGAGGCCGGUGCAUUUCUGCCUCCUCCCCAGGUGUGAUGGUCCAUGAACACUGUGGUCAGGCAGGAUCGGGAUAAGGCUGCUUUUAAUCAACUCACAGAUUCCACAGGGCAGCUAUUCGCUUCCCUUCACCUUUAUCUACAAACACACACACACACACACAC